CUCCCUUUUUUUUCAAAAAAAACACUAGGGUAGGGUUUUGGGCGCCAUCAGUGGAGCUGCAGUGCGAUGCUGCCGCCCCAGCUGCGGUGAUUGUGAGUACUCCCAGAUCGAUUCUUUUCGAUACCUCUGCUGGAUUUUUUCGUAUUGAGAUUUCGAUCGCUCGCUCGCGCUUCUGUCCCUCGAUCGACGCUGGAAUCGUGGGAUUGGGCGCCAAUGCAGGUCCGCCACGAGCGCGCAUUGGGAUAGAAUGAUGUCGUGGUGCUUUGACCAUGCAUUAGCUUACCUCUAUCAUCUCUCGGCUUGCUUCAUGGGCUGCUUUGUGUCCAAGGAAGAAAAGCUUCAGUAUGACGUUGAAGACUUUAAAUCGAUCGCCGAAGACUCUACAUUCGGUGUCAGCGAGGUCGAGGCUUUAUACGAGCUCUUCAAGAAGAUAAGCAGCGCGGUUCUGGACGAUGGACUUAUCAACAAGGAGGAAUUUAAGUUGGCGCUGUUUAAGAACAGUAGGAAAGAAAGUAUGUUCGCCGACAGAGUGUUCGAUUUAUUUGAUGUGAAGAGGAAUGGUGCUCUUGACUUUGGGGAAUUUGCGAGAGCGCUGUCGAUAUUCCAUCCGAAUGCGCCUGUGGAUCAAAAAAUAGACUUUGCAUUUCAGCUAUAUGAUUUCCGACACGAAGGCUUUAUCCAGCGAUCAGAGGUGAAGCGAAUGGUCGUGGCAACGCUUGCCGAGUCUGGUGUAAAUUUAUCCGACGAAGUCGUGGAGAACAUUAUCGAUAAGACCUUCGAGGAGGCCGACACGAAGCACGACGGCAAAAUCGACAAGGACGAGUGGAGGAGCCUCGUUCAGCACCAUCCGUCGCUCUUGAAAAACAUGAACCUCCCGUAUCUGAAGGACAUCACCACUACUUUCCCGAGCUUUAUAUUCUACUCCCAAGUUGAGGACACAUAAGUGAAGUCUUCCCGAAUUAAAUGAAGCACUAUCUCCCAUCUCUCCUCCAGGCCGAGUUUUUUUUCUAUGCGGCAGCGUGCAAAACCAGGCAAGUAUCGAAUAGGGAGUGUUGACAACAUUGUCGCGAAGAGCUACGAAAAAUUCGUAUUUUUAUGCCCGCGGUCCCAAUGCUUGAAAGGGACGCGAGGCACCGUUGGAUGCUCUCAUCUAAUGACUCGUGUUUUAUCCACGUCA